CAAUGGAGAAUCAUUGCAACGAAGCGCAAAGAUCAUUUACAUAAAAUCGAAAUAUUUAUGUUGCGGUCUAAAAUUUUACUGCAGUUUUGUGUGUUUUUCGACUCCUUCAUCUUGAUAAUCAAUUAAAGAAUCAUAAAGAAGUCUUUGUGGCUUGAGAUUUGCAGAGUAGCAAAUAUUGUGCAAAUGAAAUGAUGUGAAAAGAAAUAUUAAAUUAAGCAUUAUUUGAGAAAAGAACAGAUAAAAGAAAUAUUCUGAGGAAUAAAAAUCAAUGAUUAAAGUUCAAAAGUGUUUUUGUGUUAAAUGAAACAGGAUUUCACUUGAAUAAGUAAUUGUGGUGAUAAAAAAUUCUGUCACUAUGUUGUGAUUGAGUAAACUUUAACUUUUAAAAAUAAAAAUCUUGAACUUUAAAAAAGCAUAAAUCGGAUUAAAUUUGAUUGCGGUCAUCAUUUUCCAUAUUCCAAAGAAAAGAAGUGAAAUAAAAAAGCAGUCGUGUGAUGGCAAUGGUCAAAGCUCAAAUACCAGAAGGUUAUGCAACAAUUCGUCGCAGUACAAGUCGAGCAAGAAAAUUACGAACAGCAUCAACGACGUCACAUGAUAAUCAGCCGCAAUUUGAGAUGAUUGAAAUGAACGAACGAAAUUCAAUUAGUCGAAAAUAUGAAUCUGAUAUUUUGUACAAUAAUCGUCAGAAUAAUAUUUACGAUGAUGCUGGUGAGGUCGAUGAAGGCGUGAUAAAUGACAUUGAAACAGACAGAUUCUACCAGAAUAAUGACGUGAAGAAGGAUUAUUUUGGUGAUAGUCAAAGAACAUUUCAGACAUUCAAACCACCGACAACUAAUGGAUUGUUAAAUGACAUGGAAACGAGUGUCAGUUCUAAGGAUUUAAGGCAAUCAAAUGAACACUUUCAGUCAUUACCGUAUGACUUGCUUAUGUCGCCUUUGAAGUCACCCCAUUAUAUUAAUCAACUGAAUGCAAUGCGUAAUAACAAACCGAUUGGUGGCGAUGCAGCUGCACAACGGCAAAAACAAUUUCCGUUGUAUGCACGCCCUGACAGUCCUCAAAAGUAUGGGAAAGGAACUUACAAUCGAUCAACUUCACCAUCAGCUGAUAGCAUGGACAAUUGUUCAUCAAACUCAUCAACAUAUUCGUCGGCAUAUCGACAACCGUCAUCAUCGGUGUUGAGUCAAGACGAUGAGAAUUUAGUUUUAAUUAAUAUCAAUAAUGAUGUGAACAGCAGAAAACCGCCGAUGAAAAACACCAACUUGAGUUAUCGAAAGUCAUUCAGCCAUAUUAAUCGCACCCACCAACAGAAUGGUGAUGUUAAUGGAAACAGGAAGUUCACUGGUAGCUUCAGCAACAAUCGAUCGAAAGCGUACAACACAAGCGACAGUCAAGAGUUCAUUAAUUAUGAGAAGCCAUCAAUUAGUACUUUAACAAUGACAAAACCACUUGGCGUACCUUCCAUUUCGACCUCAAACUUAUACACUCGACAACGAUUUGCAACAUUAUCUCAUCCUAAAGAGAAGCAACUACAAAGUGUUAGCACGAAGUCGACGUCGUCGCUUAACGAGAAUCACGUUUUUCGGGAUCCAAUAUUGGACAGUAAAAUUGGAUCUCAAACAACAUUAAGAACAAAACCAAUCGUGCCUUGGUGGGAGCUUGCUUGUAAAAAGGAACAUCGACAAAGUUGUCCCCCGAUGCAGGAAUCAGAAAUCACUGACAUGCGUCAGACGAUUGAACUGUUGAAGAAGCAAUCUAUUCAAGCUGGUUUGACUUCAGCCCAUAUGCAAAGUAUGGGAGUGCAAGUGAAUGGAAAAAAUGGAAGUGUCAAUAGCAGUCCAACGAAGAAAUCUUUGAACGGAUCACAUGAAACUGGUUUACAGAAUGGUAAUGGAACCAUGCAACGUCACCACAGCACAGAUUCUGUUUGUUCAAUCAAUUCCAUCAGUUCAAGUUGCUCAGGACAAGACAAGAAGAAGAAGAAGGGUUGGCUUCGAAGUUCGUUCACAAAAGCAUUUACAAGAAGUGCAAAAAUAUCAAAAACACCGCGCGAAACAAGUCUCAAUGAAAGCUUAUCAGAAUCGAAAUCUUCAUUGCCGUCAACACCGCAAAAAUUGCCACCGAAAUUGCCAUCCACCUACACAUUACCAGAUUAUGGAAAGCCACCAAUAUCACCAACAAAAAGUUCGCAUCGUCAUGUGACAUUAAUUGAAAAUGCAAAGCCAGUUGAUUCGAUUGAGAUUGAAGCACAUCCGGUGGUUGAAGAUCUGAAGAAGCAAUUAAGAGAGAAGGACAUGGUUUUGACUGACAUUCGACUUGAAGCUUUAACUCAAGCAUCACAAAUGGAAACUCUCAAAGAAACUGUCAAAGCAAUGCGUCAAGAAAUGAUGGCUUUGAAACAAAACAAUGAAAGAUUACAGAAAAUGGUCACAACUCGAUCACUUGGUGGAUCUGAAACAUCAAUUGGUUGUCCAGCAAGUCCACUCGGAUCAGGAUGUGACUCAAGACGAUACAGUUUUGCAACAGAUUCAGGACAUUCACGACCACCAUUGGAUCUUCCCCAGAACUUGGAUGAGACAGAGGAAGAAGACAACAUUCCACCAGCACCAGCUCCAACAGUUUCACCUCAUUUGAUGAGCGAUUUGUCUCCAACUUUAGAAAGAAUUUCUUUGUCGAAUGAGAUUCUGACAACACCAGCAGAAGAAGUCGCUGAUCCAGUUGAUGGAAAGAAAAUCACGAUUGCAGUUUUUCUUGGACAAUCGGAAGUUUAUCUUCGAUAUGUUGAAGAGUUAAAUGGAUGCGAAAGGUUUGAUGAUGAAGAAGAUGGUCUUCAAACAAAUGGCGAUACUUCGACAUGUUUCAGUGACUCACAAGACGAUCCAAGCUCAUCGAAAAUUGCCAUCGCUUACACUUACAUCUCAGGAAAAACAACAUGGCAGAAUCUCGAUUACAUUGUAAGGAAAACUUUCAAAGAUUAUUUGUCAAAGAUCGAUCCUGGCACAAACUUGGGACUCAACACUGACUCGAUCAUUUCAUAUCAUCUUGGUGAAGCAAAACGUGGACCUGAAAUGGGAUUCCCAGAACUUUUACCAUGCGGAUACAUCGUCGGUAAUGUGAAAACUCUUUACAUUUGUCUUCAAGGAGUUGGAAGUCUUGCAUUUGACACAUUAAUUCCACGAUCGAUUGUUCAUCGUUACAUUAAUUUACUGACUGAGCAUCGUCGAUUAAUUCUUUGCGGACCGAGUGGAACUGGCAAAAGUCAUCUCGCUCGAAAACUUGCAGAGUUUCUUGUUGCAAAAUCGAAUCGAUCAAGUCCAGCCGAAUCAAUUGCAACAUUCAAUGUCGAUCAUAAAUCAUCGAAAGAACUUCAACAAUAUUUAAGUCACAUUGCUGAACAAGCUUCGAUUGCUGUUGAAGAACUUCCUGAAGUUAUCAUCUUAGACAAUCUUCAUCAUGCAUCAGCACUUGGAGAUGUUUUUUCAUGUCUUUUAAGUGCUGGUCCCGCUACGAAGCUUCCUUGUAUCAUUGGAACAAUGUCUCAAGCAACAUGCAAUACAACAAACCUACAAUUGCAUCACAACUUCCGUUGGGUUUUAACAGCAAAUCACAUGGAACCUGUGAAAGGAUUUCUGGGUCGUUACCUUCGUCGUCGCUUAUACGACAUUGAACUGCUAAAUGGUUCAACACAAGUACAAAUGGAAAAGAUUUUCCGUUGGCUUCCAACAGUUUUCCAUCACAUCAAUUCAUUCCUAGAGACACACAGUUCAAGUGACGUGACAAUUGGCCCGCAAUUAUUCCUAGAAUGUCCCAUCGAUGUAAAUGAAUCUCAGAAGUGGUUUGUGGAAUUAUGGAACAAUAAUCUUGCCCCGUAUCUUGUUGAAGCGAUUAAAGAAGGCGUUCAAUUGUAUGGAAGACGAGGAAACGGUUGGAUCGAUCCAUGUCAAUAUGUUCGUGAAACAUAUCCAUGGCCUGUGACACCGACAACUGUUCCAAAACUUCGAACAAUCACAGCUGAAGAUGUCGGUCUUGAAGCUGAAUUAUCUGGUAACAAGGAAGAUCCAUUGCUUAAUAUGCUUAAUCAAUUGAAAGAAGCUGCAAGUUGGAAUGAGGGACAACAAGACGAUUCAGAUUGCGUUAGUCUUGACUCAAACUUCACUCAUGAUAGUUCAUUAGCUGAAGCAUAAAUCGAAUUGAACUUCACAACACCAAAGUUGAUUUAUUAAUUCAUUCACGCAGCACUUUUGUGCUUGUCUCUUUCAAUUAAUUGUUUAACUAAAAUGUGUGGUGUUCAAAUUCACAUGAAGUGAUCUGAGAAAUAAAAUUCGAUUCUCAUGAUUUUUUUUUUGAUGAAUCUUCACUGACACAUUUAAAAUAAUAUUUGUAGUGGAAAAGGAAAGAAAUAAGUAAAAACUGUGAUAUUUUAAAAGAAAAAUCUUACUAAACCAAUUAUCUACAUAUUUGCAUUAAAUAUAUAAAUAAAAUUUGCUGUAAAAAUAUAUCAAUAACAUUUUACAAACUUAGAUGUGCGAUUUACAAUUAUCAAAACAAAAUGAAGAGAAAUCAUUCAAUUCUUUGUCUUAAAAGAAACUUUUUUGAGCAUUGCAAUUUUUUUAUUCAUUUGCAUCGCAUUAAUCGUGUAACUAAAGGCCAUAAAUAAAAAAUAAACAUUUUACAAAAUGAUUUGAAUUGUUUUCAAUAUUUUAUCUGUUGGCUGCUUUUGAUGAUGAAAAUUUAUGCCAUAAAUCGAUAGUUUUAUUAACAAUCACAUCAGAUUUUUCACUAUCAUCAGCUGGAUAGUUCUCGAUGAUUUUUAUGACAUUCUCACAAGUCAGUUGUGUCUUUAAAUUGUAUCUUGUGUAGGAACAGAUGACGAUGAAGAUGAAGAUGACAAUUUUUGUUGAACCACCAACAAUUCGAUCAAAAAUUCUGAUCAAUGAGAGUUCGUUGAGUAUUGACGA